AUGCAGCUUCUCGCUUCCCUUCUCUUCCUUGCGCCCGCGCUCGCCUCUCCUUUCGCCAAACGUGAGGAGCUCACAUGCGGUCAAAAGUCCGGCAAGCUCAAGGAAUGGUCUCUCACCGACUUCGACUACCACGCCAGCUACACCUUUAGCACGCCCGCACACCAGAACUCAUGGGGCUACAUCAGCUUCAACGUCACCAAUCAAGCUCUCGACUACCAAGUACACUGCGAGGCCGCCAGCAACCGGCUAAACGACUUCUUCUACGGCGAGCAGAUUUACAACUGCAAAGCCCCUGAUGGUGAGAGCACCGAGACCUCUUUCACGUUCAGCACGCCCACGGGUUUCGUGGAGGUGAACCAGACCUGGAUCUGCAACGACGACCCCAAAUACCCGGCCCGCUACACUGCCAUGGGCGGUUCCAAUGCCGAUCUCAACUGCCACGAGACGUCCUGGAAGAACGAUAACUGGACCGUCGGUCAGGUUUACUCUCAGCGCGACAUCAAGUGCGAUAUCAUCACGCUGCCUGCGCCCAUUACUGAGCUCUACGGUGUCGCUUGA